CUGGCCUCUGUGCUGACCCGCUCGGUCCAGUUUAAUACGACACCAGCUGCAGAGCUCCAUGGACUCAUCGUCAUGAUACUGACCCGCUCACUCCUCCCCCGCCUCCGACCCCGACCCCUUGACCUCCUGCCGCCCUGCCGGCGCUGCCUGUGCGCCGAUGGCCACGCCCCUCGGCCGGUGGUCGGUCCGGACUCGGUGGAGGUGUUGGGUCGCUCAUACCCACGGGACGACCUGACCAACGUGACGGCGAGGAUCCUGUCCAGAGUGGGCCGAAACCUGCACAACCAGCCCCACCAUCCGCUGUGGCUCAUCAAGGAGCGGAUCAAAGCUCACUUCUACAGUGCGUACAUCGGGCGCUGGGGUAACCCGCUCUUCUCCGUGCACGACAACCUGAGCCCGGUGGUGACGGUGCAGCAGAACUUCGACAGUUUGCUGAUCCCGCCGGACCAUCCCAGCCGGAAACAAGGAGACAACUAUUACCUGAACAGGACGACGAUGCUGCGCGCUCACACGUCGGCCCACCAGUCGGAGCUGGUCCGAUCCGGUCUGGACGCCUUCUUGUUGGCCGGGGACGUUUACAGGAGGGACGAGAUCGAUGCCAGUCACUACCCCGUUUUCCACCAGAUGGAGGGCGUCCGACUGUUCUCCAACCACGAGCUGUUCUCCUCGGUCCGCCGCGGCGAGGAGCUGUCCCUGUUCGAGAGCGGAGGCCGCCGGACUCCGGAGAAGCAGGAGACCCACAGCCUGGAGGCGGUGAAGCUGGUGGAGUUCAACCUGAAGCAGACGCUGAGCAGGCUGGUGGCUCAGCUCUUCGGAGAAGACCUGGAGGUGCGCUGGGUCGACUGCUACUUCCCCUUCACUCACCCCUCCUUUGAGAUGGAGGUGCGUUUCCAGGGGGACUGGAUGGAGGUGCUGGGCUGCGGAGUGAUGGAGCAGGAGCUGCUCAACUCUGCGGGAGCCGAGAACAAGCUGGGCUGGGCCUUCGGCCUGGGCCUGGAGCGACUGGCCAUGGUGCUGUACGACAUCCCCGACAUCCGGCUGUUCUGGAGCCAGGACGAACGUUUCCUCAAGCAGUUCCGAGUGUCUGACAUCCACCAGAACAUCUGCUUCCAGCCGCUCAGUAAAUAUCCUCCGCUCCUCAACGACAUCUCCUUCUGGCUGCCGGACGGCGCCGACGGCUUCACGGAGAACGACUUCUACGAGCUGGUGCGCUCCGUCGGGGGCGACCUGGUGGAGAAGGUCACGCUGGUGGACGACUUCACACAUCCCAAGACCGGGAGGCGGAGUCAGUGCUACCGCAUCGUGUACCGCCACAUGGAGCGAACUCUGACCCAGCAGGAGGUCCGGCUCGUCCACGAACAGAUCGAACGCAGCGCCGAGAGUGAGCUGGGCGUGCAGGGCCGAUACUGAGACACACACACACACACACACACACACACACACACACACACACGCUCUUACAGUGUGUAUUUAUAUCAGCGUACCUCACACACGUACUGUGGGAGUUGUUACGCAGCUUCAUCACGUCCUGGUAGCUGUGAUGUUUCGCCGCGGGGGAAACGUGUUGACUUUUAUACAGACGUCAUGCCCGGCUUUGAAGCUGCAGCCACACACACAGACACACACACAGACACACACACACACACACACACACACACGAGUUACUCUCUUCUCUUCAGGCCGACACAUCAGAAUUUGACGCUUGUCGCUUCCAGUUUCCACACACGCCGCCGGUGCGUCCCUCCUCCGCCGGGCGGCGGUCACGCUCGGCUUCGGCUCGGCUGCAGAUGUUCCGCCGUCGUCCAAAAAGUCUCUGUUUCUGCAGAUAAACUCGGCUCCUGGAACUCUCUCAAACUUUCUGAAAGUCCUCAAAAACCUAAGUCAACGCGUGGUUUUUUCAUGUCAGUUUUGUAGCUGGUCGUCCAUCAGGAUUCCUGAGCGUGAUCUGAGGAGUCGGUCAACAUGUCGUCUCCUGAAUGUCAACUUUCCAAUACUCCGGAACUUAAAUCUAAAAGAGAAAAACGGGAAAUAAAGUUUAUAACUUCAAUUUGAGAAUUUGGAAAGUUUGAAAAUCCGCCGAACUCCUCCUCGGUUUUCUGCUGAGCUGAAAACACGUCGCUGAGAAGAGGAGCCUCUUCUCAAACGUCACCAACAGAACACCCAAGCUUUUCCAUCAUUUCUCACACAGUAUUCUUAAACGAAAGGAUCUGAAACGCUGUAAAAGUUCCUGCAGCUGAGGAGGAUUUCUGCUGCAGAUGAAUUUCCAGCUGAACUCACUGAAGGAGAAGAGAAGAAACGCUGAGAGGACUCAUGUUUAUAGUGAAGAAAAAGCUGUUUUGAGUGUUUUCUGUUUUUUCCUAUCUUUAGAUAAAAUAAAGAACUG